AUGGGCGAGUACAGCGAAAGCAGAGGCGGAGAUGCGGUAGCGACCUCAACAGAGCGGCAGCCAUUGGAGCUUUCUCCCAAGACGUUGGCAUUAUUGCAGCAGGAGCGUCAAUAUGUAGCCGGGGGUUUCGAACCUGUACCAGUUUUCUUCUCACGGGCGCAGGGGUCGAAGCUAUGGGAUGUUGACGGCAAAGAGUACAUCGAUUUCAUUGCCAUGUUCAGCGCAGUGAACCAAGGACAUGGCCACCCCUAUAUUGCCGAGAAGGUCCGAAAGCAAAUGGAAGAGAGUGUGUUGAUCAACAUCGCCGGACACAAUGCCCUGUAUCCCCCCUUCGCCGAGAUGAUGUGCAAGAGAUUUGGAUACGACAAGAUUCUGUGCGCGACCUCGGGAACUGAAGCAGCAGACACGGCUUGCAAGAUUGCUCGUAAAUGGGGAAUCCAGCGCAAGGGUAUCCAGCCAGAGCAGUGCAAGAUAUUGGGAGUUGGUUCUUCAUAUCAUGGGCUCGGGUCAGGAGUAUGGGGGUUGAUGGAUCCCUCGCAAAAGCGAACCGAGUAUGGCUUAGACAGCCAACUGGUUCUCAAUAUCAACCCGUCGACGGGUGCACCGUUGAAGUACCUCGAUCUCGAAGCCAUGCGCACUUGCUUGCAGGAACACCACGAGACAGUGGCAGCAGUCAUCAUGGAAUGUCUGCACGGGACUGCGAGGACUCCAGAGGAGGAAUUUGCCUAUGCGAGGGGCGUCUAUGAUCUCUGCCGUCAGUACAACGUCCUCUUCAUCGCUGACGAGGUCCGGCAAGGUGCUGGAAAGACCGGAAAGUUUCUAUCCUUCUACCAUCUCGGCGAGGACAUGAAACCGGAUAUAAUCACUAUGGGCAAAUCCAUUACCGGAGGAUUUUAUCCACAGUCUUUCGUCCUAGGAAACGCGAAAGUGAUGUCACUGGUCGGGACGUUCGAGAUUGCGUCAACUUAUGGUUUCACGCCAUUGGCUAUUGCUGCAACCAGGGCCGCUAUCGAGGUCAUCGACAAUGAGAAUCUGAUGUCUAAGGCGGUAGAGUUGGGCAGGAAAUGGAAGGCAAUUGUUGAUGGCUGGAAACAUCCCAAGAUUGACUAUGUCUUCAGUCUGGGGGCUGACUCGAACUUGUUUCUGAACAAUCUUUCGGGUCUCCGUGUGGCUGCUCUGUGCAUGCACAAAGGUCUUUUCGUUCAUCCACGUCCAAAUGGAUUAAGGAUUAGUUUUGCAAUGACCAUGACAGAUGCAGAGUUGGAGAAGGGUGCAGAGAUUCUCAAAGCCGCUCUCGACGAGAUUGAUCAUGUUGCAGAUAUCCCGGGAGAAAGGUUUAAUUUCCUGGGGAUCCAAACCUGA